CUAUUCUGGAAUAAAAUUAAAUACACUUCCAUUCCAUCUAGGCACUGAUUUCUUGCAGAAACAGAAUAUUCAUAGCCUUUUAUAAUAAACUCCAUUACCCCAAAUCUAUGUAAGAUUUGCAUUUGAAAUCAUACAUAGUUACAUAAACUCUCUACAGUGAUAAGUUUCAUACAUGUAGAUGCACACAAGAUAAAAGUGAGCAGAAGUUUCCAAGCUCUAUAAAAAAUCUGCUUAAUCGCAGAACUUCCUAUCUCAGCCCACAACACUCUUACGAAGUCUUCAAAAAAAGAGACUGCUAAAUUGCCAUAAAAUAAUUUGUGUUCUUUUUAUGAUACAUAAGCAAGUGUUCCACGCUCCUAUCACUUUCUGUUUCCACAAGAGCCUUUUUAAAUUGAUCGUGAGUACUAAUUUGUUAAUACUCAACAGCAUUCUUCUGAAAUAGCCCUCAACACAGUACAAAGGCAAUGCACAAGUAUAGUUUAUUCAACAAGCGGGCCCUUUGUAAAAGCCACAUCACUAUAAAUAAAGCCUUGUCUCCCCUAAGUGGAAGCUUUUCACUUUUUUUUUCCUCUUUUUUUUUUUUAAAGAAAAAAAAAAAGUCCUGCUUUCCUUUUAAAAGGAAAGACCUUAUUGUAGAUUCUCUGGCUUUUGAGUCCAUGCCAAGCACAGCUCUAAACAUACAGUAAAUAAUUAAGAGUUUGGUAAGAAUAGAUGCUUUUCCUCCCUCCUCUCCUUUCCCAGCAUUUUUCCACAAUAACAAAAAAAAUGUUAAAAAAGAAAGAAAUCAAACAGUUCCAUAUUUAUUUCACCUUUCAGGAGAAAAAAACAACUGCAACAAAAGAAUGUGUUUCUCCCCCAUUCUGGAGGUCAACAUGCAGUCUGAAUCUAACAUUACAGUUCGAGAUGCCAUUGAUGACAUCGACACCAACAUGUACCGACCCCUGUCAUAUGCAUUAAGCUUUCAAGUUUCUCUCACUGGAUUUUUGAUGUUAGAAAUUGUUUUGGGACUUGGCAGCAACCUCACCGUGCUGGUACUUUACUGUAUGAAAUCCAACUUAAUCAAUUCUGUCAGUAACAUAAUUACAAUGAACCUUCAUGUACUCGAUGUAAUAAUUUGUGUGGGAUGUAUUCCUCUAACUAUAGUUAUCCUUCUGCUUUCACUGGAGAGUAACACUGCUCUAAUCUGCUGCUUCCAUGAGGCUUGUGUCUCUUUUGCAAGCGUUUCAACUGCAAUCAAUGUCUUUGCUAUCACUCUGGACCGAUACGAUAUCUCUGUAAAACCUGCCAAUCGAAUUCUGACCAUGGGAAGGGCUGUGAUAUUAAUGACAUCAAUAUGGAUCAUCUCACUUUUCUCCUUCCUGAUUCCUUUCAUUGAAGUCAAUUUUUUCAGUCUCCAAAGCGUGAGCACUUGGGAAAACAAGACGCUUUUGUGCGUCAGUGCAAACGAAUACCACACGGAGCUGGGGAUGUACUACCACCUCCUCGUGCAGAUCCCAAUCUUCUUCUUCACCGUUAUAGUAAUGCUCAUUACCUACACCAAAAUACUCCAGGCUCUGAAUAUCCGAAUUGGCACGAGAUUUACAACAGGACAAAAGAAGAAAGCUCGGAAGAAAAAAACUAUCUCUCUGACCACUCAACACGAGACUACCGAUGUCUCACAGAGCAGUGCGGGGAGAAACGUAGUCUUUGGUGUAAGGACUUCUGUGUCGGUCAUAAUCGCCCUGCGCCGAGCCGUGAAACGGCACCGGGAGCGACGAGAGCGGCAAAAGAGAGUCUUCAGAAUGUCCCUCUUGAUUAUUUCAACCUUCCUGCUCUGCUGGACACCCAUCUCCGUUUUAAACACCACAAUCUUGUGUUUGGGCCCAAGUGACCUUUUGGUUAAGUUGCGAUUAUGUUUUCUAGUGAUGGCGUACGGAACGACUAUAUUUCACCCUCUCCUUUAUGCAUUCACCAGGCAAAAGUUUCAGAAAGUUCUGAAAAGUAAGAUGAAAAAACGAGUUGUUUCAAUAGUGGAAGCGGACCCCAUGCCAAAUAAUGCGGUAAUACACAACUCAUGGAUAGAGCCUAAAAGGAACAAAAAGAUUACCUUUGAAGACAACGAAGUAAGGCAGAAAUGUUUAGUACCUCAGGUUGUCACUGACUAG